AUGCUGCUGCAGCACAGCGCACAACACCACAGCUACACGUCACAACCGUUACAUGACAUCUUGACCCAGAUGGCCCCAUCAGAAACCCCGAGAAAAAGAUCCCGUGGUCAUGAUGAAAGUGAAGAUGACGAUUUACCCACGUUUGAGGAUCCUCAAGAUAUGGUGAAUGCGGUGAUCACGGCGUUGACGGUUCCGGAAGAGAAAACCAAUGUUUCCAAAGUUUACGCCAAUGAGAACAAUUUGGCAACAGAAGUCAAGGCAUACGCCAAAAUAGCUGGACAGAAUUGGACCUUUUACGUCAAAUCAUUGGCCAUUUCAAUUGGUAGAAACACCGAUUCAAAUCCCGAAAUUAAUAGCAAUAAUAACUCCAACAGUGCCAACAGUAACAAUGCCGUGGAUAUAGAUUUGGGACCUGCUAAAGUGGUAUCAAGACAACAUGCAACUAUCAAUUAUAAUUUAGAAUUUAGAUGCUGGGAAUUGAAAGUUCUAGGAAGAAAUGGGGCUCGUAUAGACGGAGUUAAGAUCGAAGCAGGGAAGUCUGCUCCCUUGAAUUCAGGUGCAAUAUUAGAUAUUGGUAACACUCAAAUGAUGUUUAUAUUACCAGAUUCUCCCCCUAAAAUACUGCAGAAAAUGCUUUCGGAUUGUUUGAAAAAGUAUAAAGAUAUUAUGAAAUCCAGAAAAUUGACUUCGUCUUCUUCAGUAUCUUCAUUUACAAAUGGAAUAGGUGGUGCUGGUCAAUAUCAAUAUAAUUCCGGCCAUUCUCAUUCAAAUUCAAAUUCACUGUUGAAAUCUUUCCAAAUUUUUGACCAAGCCCAAUUGGGUCAUUCUCCAUCUUCAGCCACUGCAAGCUCUUUACAAAGUAAUCUUGAUCAAGAUUUAUCCAAAGAAGAAGCAAAAGAUAUCAAACCACCUUAUUCUUAUGCCACUAUGAUUACUCAAGCAAUUCUUUCCAAUAGUAAUGGUGUAAUGUCUUUAUCCGAGAUUUAUACAUGGAUUGCUGAUCAUUAUGCUUAUUAUAAAUAUCUGAAAACUGGUUGGCAAAACUCCAUUAGGCAUAAUUUAUCCCUAAACAAAGCUUUUGAAAAAGUCCCCAGAAGACCAAAUGAACCAGGGAAAGGGAUGAAAUGGCAAAUCAGUGAAUCUUAUAAAGAAGAUUUUCUAAAUAAAAUCAAUGAUGGCUCAUUACUGAAAAGUAGAAGAGGUUCAUCGGUUACAAGACAAUUACAAUUACAUUUAGCAACUCAUCGGAACCUUCCUGAACCAGAGAAAUAUUAUAAGGCAACCAUUGAUACAAAUUUGAAUAGGAAAUCAACUCCUCCCUCGGGUCAAUCAUCUGGUGGUACAGUUCAUGCUACGCUCAAUAGAAAUGAAGCUGCCAAUGGAGGGUUUAAUCCUUUAUAUAAUCCACAACAACAACAAAUGCCUCCUAAACUUGGACAACCCAUCCAAUACGCACCUACAAACUUAUCCACUCCAAUUCAUUAUGGUGCUCAACAACAUCAACAACAACAGAUGUCACAAGGAAUUAAUUUCACUAAUUAUAACCAAUCUAGAAACAGUUUUGGGUAUCAGGCACCACCAAUGAUGUAUUCUGGUGGACAAAUGCUUCAACCUAAUUAUCCUCAACAUCUUAAUCAGCAGCCACCACCACAACAAAGUGAAUAUCAUUCUUCAUUAUCGAAGUCUCCAUCAUUGAACUCCCAUAACUUAACUCCAAGAUUACCUAAAGUUGCCAAUGCCAACCUAUACAAUCUCCAACCACCACCUGCUUCGGCCAAUUCUUCUUUGAUUCCUUCACUUCAUUCGCGUCAUAAUUCUAACUCCGCUUCCGGACUUCCAGAUUUGAAUUAUUCCAGUGGGAAUAACGUUAGUACUAGUGAUACUAGUCAUUCCCAUUUAACUACCUCAAAUACUGUCGCCACAGACCCAACUUUGGUGUUCACUAGUCCCAAAAAAAUCGCACCCUUGGAAGCAUUCACUCCUGAACGAGGUUCUAAAUCAACAGGAGGAUCCAACAAGUUGGGGUUACAUAACAGCAUCAGUAAUAACCAAAGUUCACCAGCAUUCUGGAACUUUGUUCAAUUUUCUACUCCUAAUGGUCAGACUCCUCUGAGAAAGAAUAGUGAAGAGCUGAAUAGUGGGAGUCCAACUUUGAAUAGGAAAGUCGGAAUGAAUUUAAAUGGUAGUGUCAAUGUUAAAACUGAAACCAUGAAGAAGAUCUUAUCACCUUUAAAGGAUCUUAAUGACGAUAAACUACAGAAAGUAGGACAAGAUUAA